UCACAGGUUUGUAUUCCAUCGUGUUGAACGAUAAAUCGAAAUGAAAACAAUUGUUAUCUUGCUCGCCGUUUCUUUCGUCACCGUCUUGGGUAAAGUAACAGAAGAAGACCAAGCGAAAUGGGUAAAGAAUGAAAAAGAUUGUAUCGAUGAAUCUGGUGUUGAUCCGGCCGUACUUCAUAAAGGAAAGGAAGAGGAAUCAGAUGAAAAUGACGAAAAGUUAGCCUGUUACAAAUCCUGUCUAUUAAAGAAAUUCGGAAUUUUGAAAGAGGAAAAAAUUGAUUGGGACAAAUUUCGUGUUGAAAUGUCAAAAUAUGAUACAUCUCAAGAAAAAAUCGAUGAAAUGUAUAACAAAUGCAAAGACAUUGAUGGAGAGGGUUGCCAAAAGGGAAAGAAUUUGAUGAAAUGUUUGCAGGAUGUCAAGGACGAUUAGAUGCAUUGAGCGAUUAAAGAUCAAAUUCCGCAAGAAAAUCUAAUUGGAAUUAUUAAAGAAAUUUUAAUGUCAUCUAUUGUCUAUUAUACUUUAAUUAAAAUUAAAAUAUUAUCUUACACAUGUGUCAGUACAAAACUGUAUUGAUAAAAAAGUAAAUACACGUUUCGUUUUAACAUAAAA